CCAAAUACUAAUUCGAAAACUUCAAGACCAAAAUUUGUUAGCAAAUAAUUAGAGUUUCUUGCUCAUCAUUGUAUUAGUAUGAAGUUCUCCGUGCUUGAAUUAGAAAAUAAAGAGAGGGACAGUUGAGUCACGUAAAUCUCACACAAAAUCUAGAAACCCACAGAAGCUAAACCAUCAUUUCUUUGCACCCAAUUUGCAAAUGGCGGAUUACUUACCUGAAGACUUGAUAGUUCGGAUCCUGGAGAGGUUGCAGAUCAAAUCCCUAAUCCGCUUCACCUGCGUUUCGAAACGCUGGCGUUCCAUCAUAUUGGCCGACCCAGAAUUCGCCAAGACCCAAUUCCAAAUAGCCUCUCAACACCAAACCCUCCGUCACAGGCUCCUCUUCUCCACCGCCUGUGAAUCUGAAUUCAACUCACUAGACUUGGAUGCGCCGUCGCCGUUGGGAUACAAUUCUUCGGUUAGGUGCCCAUUCACGCAACCGGGGGGCCGUUAUGUCAUACCACUGUGCUCCUGCAAUGGUUUGAUACUCGCAACUCUUCAUAAAGAAGAACACAUUUAUAUCUGGAACCCAUCAACUCAAUUCUUCAAAAAAUUACCUGACCCAGCUGAUCGUCCCUCAAAAACUCGUCUAUUCGGCUGUGGUUUUGGCUAUUUGUCGGCCACUGACGACUACAGAGUUGUUGCUGACUUCAGAGUCAGUUCUGUUGAUGAGGUGAAGGGCAAGGAGAUGCACAUCUUCUCAUCAAGAGCCAACAUUUGGAAAAGGACUGAAGCCCCUCUCUUCGACUACAAGUUUGAAUAUGAGGGGACUCUUUCGAAUGAGGCACUCCAUUGGCUGGAUGAACUUGGCAUCUUUGCUUUUGAUCUAGCAAAGGAGGAGUUCCAAAGAAUGCCGCUGCCUAUUCUAGAUGGUGAGGUUAAGCAUCUCGGGGCUUUCGGAGACUGUCUGUGUGCAUUUGAUUGUGCAGAAUUUUAUACUGCUGGCUCCAUUGAUUUGUGGGUGAUGAAAAAAUAUGGCGUGGCUGACUCAUGGACCAAGCUCUUUAACUUAGAGGUUUCCGAUCAGCCUCAGAAUAUAAUGUAUUUUUUGCCACUCUCUGUAAUGGAAACUAGUACAGUUAUGCACACAGCGACUAUACUCGGGAAACAGAAGUUUCUUAAUUUGAUAAGGAUUGGUCAUACGAAACAGAAGCCCGGAAUGCAUCUGUUGAGCAGGAAUACAUAUCUCAUGGAAAUGAUUGCAUAUGAAGAGACUCUACUUGGCUUGCUGCCCCUUAAAUAGAAGGAAGGCAAGGGCAAAGUAUGUGGACCAGAUGAAGUGGAUGCAUCGUGAAGAACCCUAGAGUACACUGUCACAAGCAAGGUGCUAUUUUAGUGAUAACAAAAUAUUCUCCUGGGAUAUUGUAAUUAGAGGUCAAAAGUAGUUGAUGUCUGUCUGUAACUCUGAUAUUUAAUAUUUUUCAUUUACAUGAAAAUGAUAUGUUAUGAUCGUGUAUUUCUAUAAACCUAUCAAAAUUGGGAUGGUUCUAUUGAUUAUGUUUUAUUGAU